AAAGCAUCUCGCGUCCCUUAAUAGUAGCAGCGAAGUGGACCCCAAUACAGGCCUUGAGGCGACAUUGACCUUCGCUCGCUAUUGCUUUCUCACCGCUCUUUCUUUUCUUGGUGCGUGUGUUUCGUGCGGAUUAUGCGAUAACUCUCCGGAGACAUGCGACGGCCGCUCAUUUGGCAUCGACCACUGCACGAGGCCGCAGGUGUUCCGUAAUGGCUUCAGGCCGUGGUUACCGCCUUCUCGUUCUUCUGGCGGCACCGCUGCUUGGCACGUGCCAGCUGCAGUUAAACGCCGGCUGUAAAGUGGAAACCUUGCGAGCUUGUGGCGACGACUACAUUCCAUACACGAAAAGCCCGCGCCUACACGAGUCCGGGAAUGAAUUCGACGAAGGAUGCAAGAGGGACAAGGUGGAAAUCCCGUGCACGCUGAAGUUUAUCAAUGACUGUACGGAGGGCCUCUCCCGUGCCGCUGCACUUGUAGCAGUGAAGGCGCUGGAGGAGAACGUCGAGGCUGUCUGCAACGUGGGCUCGGAUCCAUACAAAGAGUACCAAAGAGGCAUCAAAUGCAUGAACGCUAAUGGCGACAAAAUCCACAAGUGCUUCAAAGGCUUCCACAGUCGUCUGGAACGGGCCAUCGUCAAGGGUCCAGCCAAUGAAGUUAUUCAUUACGCGUGCUGCUCGCAUCAUGACACGGUCGACUGCGUAUCCAACGCCCUGGCGUCAUGCGAGAGCGUCGGCUCCAAGGAUUUCAUGAUCGGAGUCAUCGAGCAGAUGUUCGGUGAAACCCUCGAGCUGGUCUGCGGUAGCUACACGAAGGGUUCGGAAGGCUGCAGGUCCUUGCCGAAGUUGCCGGAGCUCGGCACCAAAGAUCGGCGGAUCGGCAACCUGGUUGAGCUCCUCUUGGAAGCAGCUGGCAGACUUGGACGUAAAAGCUAGCCCCCUUACACAACAUGCUUUAUCCCCGCCUGAUGGUUGGUGGGCGGCGAGAACGAGGCAAGAUGACCAGUUAGGCGACAACUUGUGCCCGCUUUCCUCCGAAUUACGGGGAACUGCAACGCAAGGACCUGCGGCGGUGUUUAAACGCUGCAACGCACCCUUUAAACCAAACGCUCAUACACGUCGAUUUCGCACCUCAGAGUUACGCCAGAGAUCCAGCCUUCUUUAAGAAAGGUGAUCUCACUCAUUCAUUAAAGGAAACGUUGUUAUUCUGAA